AAGCAUUAUUACUGCUGAAUGUUCAGUUGGUGAAAUCGAAAGUCUUUCAGAAGAAAUAAAUCAAGAGGAGUCUACGUGCGUGCGUUCCCGAGCUGCUGUGGAUGGCCCUGGCUCUCCUGACCACCCUUCCGAGUAGGAUGUCACUGAGAUCUCUCCAAUGGAGCCUGCUGCUGCUGUCACUCUUGAGUUUCCUGGUGAUGUGGUACCUCAGCCUGCCCCACUACAAUGUGAUCGAACGUGUAAACUUGAUGUAUUUCUAUGAGUAUGAGCCGAUUUACAGACAAAACUUCCGCUUCACUCUCCGAGAGCAUUCAAACUGCUCUCAUCAAAACCCAUUUCUGGUCAUCCUGGUGACUUCUCAUCCCUCAGAUGUGAAAGCCAGGCAGGCCAUUAGAGUUACUUGGGGUGAAAAAAAGUCCUGGUGGGGCUAUGAGGUUCUUACAUUUUUCUUAUUGGGUCACCAGGCUGAAAGGGAAGACAAAACGUUAGCAUUGUCCUUAGAGGAUGAACACCUUCUUUAUGGUGACAUAAUAAGACAAGAUUUUUUAGACACUUACAAUAACCUGACCUUGAAAACCAUUAUGGCAUUCAGAUGGGUCACUGAGUUUUGCCCCAAUGCCAAGUACGUCAUGAAGACAGAUACUGAUGUUUUCAUCAAUACUGGCAAUUUAGUGAAGUAUCUUCUAAGCUUAAACAACCCAGAGGAAUUUUUUACAGGUUAUCCUUUAAUUGAGAACUAUUCCUAUAGAGGAUUUUACCAAAAGACUCAUAUUUCAUACCAAGAGUAUCCUUUUAAAGUGUUUCCACCCUACUGCAGUGGCUUGGGCUAUAUAAUGUCCAGAGAUUUGGUACCAAGAAUCUAUGACAUGAUGGGUCAUGUAAAACCCAUCAAGUUUGAAGAUGUGUAUGUUGGGAUCUGUUUGAAUUUGUUAAAGGUGGACAUUCAUUUUCCGGAGGAUGUAAACCUUUUCUUUUUGUAUCGAAUCCACUUGGAUGUCUGUCAGCUCAGACGUGUGAUUGCAGCCCAUGGCUUUUCUUCUAAGGAAAUUAUCACUUUUUGGCAGGUUAUGCUCAGAAACACGACAUGCCAUUACUAGCCUGACAGUGUCACAGCAGCCUAGUACAGGACAGGAAACUGGGAAAUGCUGAAGCUGGCACUGUGGGAAACUCACAGGAAAGUCACUGAACCAAACGCACGGCAAACCCAGACUGGCAGUGGGAGCUUAUGCCGGAUUCAUUGUGACAUAAAUGAAGUC